AUGAUAGAUUUGCUUUUCAAAUUUGCUAAGUACUUUCUGCCGAGCACGUGUAUACUGGGACUCGUAUGCAUAGUGGUAGCAAAGUUGCAACUACCAGAUUUUUUGGAAUAUGGGAAAACACUCCGAAAUCAUGAUAAUAAUGAGAACAGCGGUGUGCUUGAACUACUGGCACAUUUCACGCUUCCAAAAUCACUAUUCUCCCACUUUUACGUAAUAUCAUUCGCUUUCUCAUUAUUUGAAGUGAUUGUAUAUCCUAAUCAAGAUUUGGUGUGGAUUUUAAUGGCCCACUCGCUACGGAGGCUCUAUGAGACCCUUUUCGUAUGCAAAUAUAAUGAAAAUUCAAGGAUGAACUGGUCGCAUUACGCAGUAGGUAUAUGGUUCUACUCAUCCUUGCACGUUGUAACAAUCACAAAGCUAUACCAAAAUGACAUAAGUGAAAAAAUAAGCCCAAUAAUAACUGUCAUUUUUUGCUUAGCAUCAGCGGACCAAUACAGAAACCACGUAAUUCUAUCCAACUUGAUAAAAUAUUCCCUGCCAAAGAGAGGGCUGUUUCGAUACACAUGCUGUCCUCAUUAUUUGGAUGAAAUAGUUAUUUAUGCUUCACUAACAGCCAUUAACAUUGACUAUGCCUGGCUUUUGAUUUGGGUAGUGAUAAGCUUAUCCGUGUCAGCAACUGAAACUAGGGAAUACUAUUUACAUAAAUUCAAGGAUGAGCCGGUACCAUCCUCAGCCAUAAUACCAUUUAUUUGGUAA